CGCGCAUGCGCCGCCCGGGCCGUGAGGCCGGGGGUCGCUGCGGGCGGAAGAGGGGCCUCCCUCCCACCACCCCUGCCCUCCGGGGAUGCGCUGCGCGGGGCGGGCCCGGGCGCUCCCACCUCCACGGUUCCCCCCCGGGCCGGGGCUCGGGGCCCCGCCUCCUCCCCCGUGAAGCCCUGACGCCGAGGGUCGCCGCGCAGCCUCCGCCGGGAGCGGCGCCGGAAGCUGGGUCAGCCCGGGGGGUCGCGAGCUCGCGUCCGGGAUGGCGCGCCAGACUGUGCCCACAGGCGCCCAUCAGCUUUAAGGACCUGGCCGUGCGGUUCUCGGAGGAAGAGUGGCGGCUCCUGCAGGAGGGCGAGAGGGAGUUCUACCGAGACGUGAUGCGGGAGAACUACGAGACGCUGGUCUCCGUGGGGACCGCGGAGCUGCUUCCCCUCUCCGCUUUCCUGUCACCCACAGAGCCUGGAAGAGCCGCGGGGGCCGAGAGCUGCGCGGCGGGGCAGGGGCCUCCCGCAGGGGCCGGCCCCCUCGGAGGACAGCCCCAGCACAGCCUGCACCUCACGGCCCUCGUGCAGCUGGUGAAGGAGAUCCCAGAGUUCCUGUUCAGAGAAGUCAGGGGCCCCGAAGACGGCCCCGAGAGUCGGGGAGCCAGCCUGGACGGAGAGCGAGCGAGCCCCCGGGCAGCUGUGGCGGCAGAGGCCUGCCCUCCUCCGGGCGUGCUCACCUGCCUUCCAGAGAGCCCCCCGACCCAAGCGGACCCGGCCACCACACCUGCAGGCAGCUCGUCCUCCAGUGGCCCUCCCGGAGAGCGGGGGCAGGGGAGCCCCCUCCCCCUCAGAACUGCUGACAAACUGCAGCCUUCUGGAAAGGAAGGCCCAAGAGCCCCAGGUGAGGAGCCCAGCCCUCCCACCUGUAGCCCUAGCCAUAGGAAGGGCCAGCGAAGACUGGAGAGGGGAGCCCCAGGGCCAGGACUCUCUCCCAGAAACAGCCCCUUGCAAGGCCUCGUCAACUGCCUGAAGGAAAUCCUUGUCCCUGCACCCCAGCGCACGGAGGCCGCUCUGAGCUCGCAGCCUUCUCUCCCUCCCCAGAGUGCUUCGAAGCACACACAGGUGGAGGUGCCCGGGUACCCUCCCUGGCCAGUGAAGACCGAGGCGGCGGCGGAGGAGUGUCCCCUCAAGGGUCUGCUCAACUGUCUGAAGGACAUCCCAGAGGCCCCGGAGCAGCGGCCCAGCCCCUCGGGAGCAGGGGACCCAUGGCCGCCAGAGGAGGCAGGGGCCUGGAAGAGGAAUCCUGGAGGUCACAGACGCCUCCACACCCCUCCUCCGCGCCCCGGUCCCGGCGCUGGCAGCGCCCUCGCCAUGGUGAAGGUGGAGGACAGCUGGACCCCGAGCCCCCUGGGGCCGGCAUCAUGCCAGCUUGGCAGGCAAGGCUACGGUUCCUCCUCCACCACCGCCGACGCCAGAAGGGGCCGAGUGCCCCUCUGGGGCCCCACGGGUCAAGCCAGCAGGGCCUCAAGCUCACCCCUGGAAGCCCUGGAGGCCUGCCUGAAGGGCAUUCCCUCCGCGGGACCGUCGCCUCCCCAGCUGGUGGCUAAUUCUUGGUCCCGGAGCCCCCAGCCAGGAGAUGCUGGUCCUCACAAGCCCGAGCUGCAGCCUCAAGGGUCGCACAGUGAAGAGGCCGCGAGGGACCCCCUUCCACCCCUGGGCCUGCGGGGCUGUGUGCGAGAGGGCCCCCAGGGCACCCCCACCAGCUUCUCCUCCACCAGCAGCACCGACGGCGACCUGGACCUGGGGAGCCCCGGGUGCAGCCAGGGACUGCAGUUUGGUAAAGGGUACCUGCCGGGAAGCUCCCCGCUGCAGAGCCUGGAGAACUGUCUCCGAGAGAUCCCCAUGCCCCGGCUGCAGCCCGCCUGGCCCUGCUCCUCUGCCGCGGACAGGGGCCUGAGAAGAAUGGAGCCCAGGAGCUGGACGGCAGACAAGGAAGGGCUGAGGGGUGAGGUCUGCGAGCCAGCCCGUCUCAGACAGGGUGGGGGAGAAGUGCCCACCAGAAGCCUCCGUCUAGCCAGCCCGCAGGCCUCCACCUCCGGCUGCAUGACCGCCUGCCCCCAGCGAAGGCCCAAAGACGCAGGGGCCACCAGGCCAGGACCCUGGAGGUGGCUGCAAGACGGGACAGCCACCGCCCCCUCCCCGCUGCACUGCCUGGAGAGCUCGCUGAAGGGGAUCUUGCCGGCGAAGCCCUUGCGCUUCACCUGCUUGGCCGGCCCCGGCCCCGGCCCCAGCCCCAGCCCCUGCUCUAGUUUGAGUCUCAGUAGCUCCGAUGGAGAAGACCUGAGGCUGGAACCGGAGCCCUGGCAGCCGCCCCUCCAGGAGAGAGACCGCCCUCCCAGCUGCAAGCGUCCUCUCUCCCCGUCCCUCGCCCCUGGAGGGUAUCCUGGAGGCAGCGGCGGCAGCUGCGUGGGGGCACCCCCUGAGGGGUCACAGCCCAGGGACGACGGCAGCCUCAGGACAGGAAAAGCAGAAGAGGGCACAACGGAAGUCAGGUCCCUGUCACCCAGGGGAGAAGAGGGAGCGGAGAGCCCCGGCCAUCCCGGCCCUCGGUUGGGUGCUGGAGAAGUAGAGGCCACGGGGCAUCCUCGUCCCGCCCCACGGCCAGAGGAGCAUCCUGUGCCCAGAGACGAGGAAGAACCCCAGGGCCUGGAACCAGGACACGGAAGACCCAGUGCCGCAGAUGCCUCCCAGGACCCGCUGGGGCCCCCCCGCCCGUCUCCCCCGCCGCCGUGUCUCUGCGGGGGAGCCCUGCAGCGGGAGCUGCGCAGCCUCGGCGCCGCCCUCGAGGCGAAGCUGGACCGGCUCGCCACGGCCCUGGCGGGCCUGACUCAGGAAGUGGCCACCGUGAGGACCCAGGUGGACCGGCUGGGGCGGCGGCCCCGGGGCCCCGGGCCCAAGCCCUGGGCCCUCCCUCGGGGACCUCGCUGGGCCAGCGGUCUGGGUCACAGACACCUGCCCUACUGGAGACGGAAGGGCCCCACCAGGCCGAAACCAAAGAUCCUGCGGGCCCAGGCGGAAGGCGGCCGGGCCGGUGACCUCCAGGCCCUCCCCAGAGGGAAGGCCUACCUCGUGCCGCCGCUGUCUCCCGCCACUCCUCCCGCAGAACCUUCCAGGCCCGGCUGCGGCCCGGCCCAGCCGCCCCCCUCCUCGGCACCCAGCUGCCACCCUGCGCCGACGGGGCACCCCCUCCUCGGACACGCUGGGCGCCACCAGAGCCCUCCCCCACCUUUAGUACCCGCUGCCUUGUCCCCCCUGGUGGCCUCCCCCGCCACCGGCCCAGACGCAGAGCUGCUGACGGCAGGGGUGUCGCAGAUCAGGGUCCCAAACCGGCCCAAGGAGCCCAGCAGCCUUGCGGGGGGCGGCCUCCGGGAGGACCUGUGGAGUACUGAGCACAGGGACCCAAGGUGGGGGGCCCAUUGACCGCUCUCCGUCGGCUCCUCUGCGGGGGCCCCCCCCCCCCCCGCCGCUGCUCCCGGAACGGCAGGCCCCGGCGGUGUCCGCGCGCACGGCCCGUGGCGCCUCCAGCCUCACCUCAGGGUUUCUUGGCUCAGGUUCAAGCCCAUGCUCCCCCGCCCUCCCCAGAGCCAUCCCCCCCCCCCCCCCCCGCC